AUGUGGGUCAACUUCCCGCUAUUCACAAUCUUGUCAUCACCAAAAAGCAUGACUGACCUGCUCUCCACGCUUCACUCCAUCGCCUUCCUGGCCUGUGCCAGCCAGAUGUUCUUCUCCUUCACGUUUGGCUUCACCCACUCUUUUCUCCUCACAGUCAUGGGCUAUGACCGUUAUGUGGCAAUCUGUCACCCACUGCGCUACAAUGUGCUCAUGAGUCCUGGUGGCUGUGCCUGCUUGGUUGCCUGGUCUUGGGUUGGUGGUUCAUUAAUGGGGACACUGGUGACAACAGCUAUUUUCAAUCUCACUUUCUGUGGACCCAAUGAGAUCCACCAUUUUGCUUGUCAUGUUCCCCCUCUAUUGAAGUUGGCAUGUGGAGAGAAUGUACUGGUAGUAGCCAGAGGUGUAGGGAUGGUGUGCAUCACAGCCCUUUUGGGAUGCUUUCUCCUCAUCCUCCUCUCCUAUGCCUUCAUUGUGGCAGCCAUCUUGAAGAUACCAUCAGCCGAGGGUCGGCAAAAGGCCUUCUCCACCUGCGCAUCCCACCUCACGGUGGUCAUUGUGCACUAUGGCUUUGCCUCUGUCAUCUACCUCAAGCCCAAGGGUCCCAAGUCUCUGGAAGGAGACACUCUGAUGGGUAUCACCUACACGGUCCUCACCCCCUUCCUCAGCCCCAUCAUCUUCAGUCUCAGGAACAAAGAGCUGAAGAAUGCCAUGAAGAAAGCUUUCCUAAGCAAACUCUACGCAGAGAAAAUUUAA